AUGUUAUUCUGCUUCAAUGAGUGUGAUAAUUUUAGAGAAAUGUUUAAUGUCUUCUUCUGUUUGCAGCUAUUGAAAUAUUUGAAGAAACUCUCCACUUUGCCCAUUACAGUCGAUAUUCUUGCGGAGACUGGCGUUGGGAAAACAGUAAAUAGCUUGCGAAAACAUGAUCAUGUGGGAAGCUUCGCCCGAGACCUGGUGGCCCAGUGGAAGAAGCUGGUCCCCAUGGAACGGAGCACAGAGCCUGAAGAACAGGACUUUGAGAAGAGUAAUUCCCGGAAGCGGCCCCGGGAUGCCCUGCACAAGGAGGAGGUGGAGAUGGACUUCCAGGAGAACUGGAAAGCCUCUGGUAGCCGGUCCUUCAGCCCCGAGCACAGACAGAAAAAACACAAAAAACUCUCAGAGCUGGAGAGACCUCACAAAGUCGCUCCCAGCCACGAGCGGCAAGACGAGAGAAAGAGGUACCACCAAGCCUCACCAGCUUAUUCUUCAGACCACGACUCUUCCGAUUACGGCCACGUGCAGUCCCCUCCCACACCUGCCAGUCCUCACCAGAUGUGUGUGGACCCGUACAGAUCCCCGGAGGAGGACCCCGAGCCCACGGGGCCACACCAGAAGUCGGGGCCAGGCCACAGUCAUGCCUUUGAAGACAGACUGGGGGUCAGUCAAGAACGGUGCGUGGGUGAGCCCCUCAGUCAAGGGACGGUGAGCCAAAGCAAGGAGCACAAGUCCUCCCACAAGGAGAAGCGCCUGGUGGGUGCCAAGGGAGACGAGAAGGGCUCGGCGCUGCGCAGAGAGAAGUCGCACAAGGCUGCCUCCAAAGAGGAGAACAGGAGGCUGCUCCCGGGCGACGGCCCGCGGGAGAAACCACUGUCGAGUGGUGCCAGGAAAGAGAAGGACAGAGAGGGUGGCGGCACCAAGAAGAAGCCCUCCCCCCCCUUGGAGGUGGCUGCCGCCGACAACCACCUUAAAAAGCCAAAGCACAAAGACUCGGAGCGGAGCAAACCGGACAAAGCUAAGCCAAGCUUGGACAGCGUCGACAAAGUGAAAGAGAAGGCUUCUAACCAUCUUAAGGCUCGGGAAGGGAAGCCAAAGCCUGCUCCUCAGGACAGGAAGUCGGGGGGCGCCUUCCCCAGAGUGGAGGAGGCAGACCUGGAGGAUGAAUUUGAGCAGCCAACCAUGUCUUUUGAGUCCUACCUCAGCUAUGACCAGCCGCGCAAGAAGAGGAAGAAGGUUGUGAAGCCCUCGGCCCCCGCACGCGGAGGCAAGGUGCUGAAGAAGAGCGCCUCCAAGAGCGCCAGUAAGAGCGUGGGCUCGGCUCCGAAACCCUCCAAGGGCAAGGAGCACAGGUCUGAGAAGGCGCAGGCGCCCGCAGCCGACUCGGCCAAGGUCUUCAGCGAAGUAGUGCCAGUGUUGCCAGACCUGCCGCUGCCCAUGAUACAAGCCAAUUACCGCCCACUUCCUUCCCUUGAAUAUAUGUCCUCCCUGCAACCAAAGCGAAAAGUGCUCUCAUCGCCCCAGGAAGAGGAAGAAGCCGGAUUCACCGGGCGCAGGAUGAAUUCUAAGAUGCAGGUGUAUUCUGGCUCCAAAUGCGCCUACCUCCCCAAAAUGAUGACCUUGCAGCAGCAGUGCAUCCGUGUUCUGAAGAACAACAUUGACUCCAUCUUUGAGGUGGGCGGCGUCCCCUACUCUAUCCUGGAGCCUGUCCUGGAGCGGUGCACACCGGAUCAGUUGUACCGUAUCGAGGAGUGCAAUCACGUAUUAAUUGAAGAUACAGAUCAAUUAUGGAAAAUUCAUUGUCACCGAGACUUUAAGGAUGAAAGGCCGGAAGAGUAUGAGUCGUGGCGGGAGAUGUACCUGAGGCUUCAGGAUGCCCGAGAGCAGCGGCUCCGAUUACUGACGAAGAAUAUCCGCUCUGCGCAUGCCAAUAAGCCUAAAGGCCGGCAGGCAAAGAUGGCCUUCGUCAACUCGGUCGCCAAGCCACCUCGUGACGUGCGAAGGCGGCAGGAGAAGUUUGGGACUGGAGGAGCAGCUGUCCCCGAGAAAGUCAAGAUCAAGCCAGCCCCGGCCCUCACUGGAAGCAGCCUGGAUCGUUUCAAUAGCAGCAGCAGCAGCGGCGGCGGCGGCAACAGCUAUACCCCAUCCACCGAGGAGCCGGCCUGUGAUGGCCCUAGCACCAGUAGUGCCCACUUCGUGCCAGCGGUCAGCAGCUCUGUUUCCUACGAUCCCAGAAAACCACCUGUGAAGAAAAUUGCCCCGAUGAUGGCCAAGACGAUUAAAGCUUUCAAGAACAGAUUCUCCCGGCGAUAAACUGAAGACUUGUCCUGGGAGACGGGAUUUAGGAGGACGAGGGAGGAAGACAAAGGCUGCAGAAUCCAGAGAACAGAACUUCUUCUCAAAGAGACUGGAGUGUUCGUUCAUUCUCUGCAACCUGUCGGCCUCGGCUCCUGCAGCUUCCAGGUGUUCUGCCUGAGACUCUGCGUGGCCCGGCCACUGCCUCCCUGCCUGGGGACACUUCAGAAUUCUGAAGAUGAUGUGAAGCCUCAGGCACACUGAGGAUUUUAAGGUCAAUUAUACUUUUGUUGUUAACUAGCCUCUUUGUAAAGUAUAAGACAUAGUUUUAAUGAAUAAAUAUUGCUCCCAGAUUGUAUUUA